AUGCGGAGGAAAUAUGCCCAGCCAGCUCUACCAACCCUCUAUUUCCGGGAUUGUAUACUGUCCAUACCGGGAUAUACAUUCGAGAAGGCGCGUACAUCCCCACUGAGCACCCUCGGACUACACCCGAUUAACAGGGUCACGCAGGCGGUAGCAUGGGAGGACACAGGCAGCAUGACCAUGCUAGCCGAGGGCACGAGCUUGAAGGACGGUUCAGGCGUGCUCGCUAAGAUCGUGCCGGCGCACUCGAACGCGUCGCUGUGUUUGGAGCGUGAAGCACAUAUGUGGGUCCCCCUCUUCUGUCUCAGACUUGCCGAUCCUCAAUCGACUUCUUUCCAUCCCUCGGACCAACGGGGACUGUGUCGUCCUCCUCUUGAACCACCUGGUCUCAAUAUCUUAGGCCGAUACUUUCCGUCCCAUAAAGUCAAUGAUCUGCUGCUAGGAGACAUAUCGCGCUCGCGUCCGCCGCCCUCGCACACGGACAUUCUCAUGAUGGGCAUGGAGGAGCCGUACACGGUCGAAGAGAUGGAGGCGAUCGAGAUUAUGGAUUUGGCUUCAUUUCUAGAGUUCGCCAUCCAAGCUACGCAUUGCCUAGAAAUGAUGCACAGGAAUGGUCUCAUACAUCGCGAGGUCCGUGCGAACGCGUUCCACCUCAAUGCACACAGCGGCUUGGUCCGAAUGGUUCACUUUGGAAAUCGCGCUGUCUCGUUAGAGCAGUUCGGCGUCCCCUCUGCGUUUGUGCUGAGCGCUGACGCGUUUGAAGAGGCAAAGAAGUUGAAGGUAAAGGAGGCGCUCUGCUACCUCGACUGGCAGCAUGGAAGCCUCAAUGAGGACCACAGGACAGAUCUCUACUCAUUAGGUAUCAUGUUUUGGACGCUGCUGGUAGGUCGUGGCACUAUGCCAUUCGAGGGCGGCCCCUUGGAGCUUCUGCAUGCCGUAGUGCAAAAGAGGCCGAUGCCGGUCCACGAAGUUCGCAGGGAUAUUCCGCAGGUAUUGGCACUCAUAAUCGACAAGCUCCUCUCGAAGAACCCGGACAUGCGAUACCAAAGCGCUUACGGCCUCAAGGCAGACCUGCUGCAAUGUCAGAGGUUACUUCUCCGUGCCGUCACGGUCUUGUCGGACCAGUCGACGGAGCUGAUUCCAUACUUCGACAUUGCUACCGAGGACAGGUACAUGGAAUUCACAAUCCCGAGUCCUCUGUUCGGCCGCGAGAAGGAGCUCGAGACGGUCCGGAACAUCAUCCGGCAUACGUCCACCUCGUACUCGCGCUACAUCGGCGCGUCGCGGAACGCGAUCCUCGCCGGCAGCGACAGCGGGGGCACGAACAGUUCGCCGACGGAGGACCGCAGCGACUCGCGCUCGUCCCGGAGCGGUGGCUCGCCCACGCCCGACCCGAACAGCCCGAAGGUCGGGUCCCUCAGGGCGUCGGACACGUCUGGCACACAAAUGAGCAUCAGCACCGGUGGGAUGACUGGCAGCGACGGCUUGAGGAGAGUCGCGUUGGCGCCCUCGUCAGGCCGGGCGCGUACCCAUGCCGUCAUCAUCCUCGGUCCUCCGGGCGCCGGGAAGAGCUCGUUGGUUCUCGCGCAUCAGGCGCGCUGGAGGUCGCACGGACUCUGGGGACAAGCUAAGUUCUCUGACGUCGAGGCGGCGCCGUUCUCGUCUCUGUUCGUGACGGCGCUCAAGAAGCAGCUGGGCCCGCAGCUCCGCAACGUGCCCCUGCUGUACGAGGGCGCGCCGGAGCUCGGGACAUCCUCAGCCUGUUCGAUAUCACGCUCGAGGCGCCGCCGGAAUCGUUGGAGACACAUGAGCUUCGGGCAAGGUUCAGAGUUUGUUCCAGAGUGUGUUCUCGGUAUUGGCAGAGACACGGUUGUUGCGCUAUUCUUGGAUGACUUGCAUGACGCGAGCGACUCGUCACUCGAUCUGAUCAACGCGCUGGUGAAUUCACGGACGCGCAUCUUCGGUCGGACAACCGGAGGCCGUAGACAGGAUCCGAGCAACGUUCACGAGCAAGUCCACGACAUGGAUAAAUCUCGAGCCGCUCGCUACAGCGCCAUAGCAAACAUGGUCUCGCGCACGCUGCGUAGGCGAAGGAGGACUGCGCCAACCUGUCGAGCUCGUCCACGCCGCAUCUUGGGCAAUGCCUUCUCUGCGAGGAACAUUCUCAUGACUCUGCAACGGCAGCAUCAUCUGGGAGAAGAACACUGGGAGUAUGACAUCUCGGCAAUCGAGCCCAGUCUGCACGGCAACAAGAUGAUCGCAGAUCCCAGCGAUUUGACAUUCCUCCUGAAUCACUUCCGUGAGCUUUCAGAGGACGCCAAGAAGUUUCUCACAUGGGCGUCGUUCUUCGGACCCACGUUCAAGGUCGCCGAGGUCGCCCUGCUCAUGGACUGGGAAGACUCGAGCGGGAGCAGCGGAAGCGACGAGGAGGCUGAAGACAUGUGGAACGUCUCGAAGGCGGUUUCGAUGGUGUCGAGCAUCAACGAGAGCCAGCUGGGCUCGAGCAGUCGUGGAUCAUGCGAGGACUGCAACUUCUCGCAUGACCGCUAUCGCCAGGCUACACAGGCUGAGGCUGAGCAGCUCCCUGCGGAUGUCAUAUCGAAGAUGUCGUUUAGAAUCAUCCUCAUGAUGCUGCACGAGUCCACUCCCGAUGUAUAUCGCAUCGCGGAGCAUGCUAAGAAAUGUCUCCCUCUCCUGCGAGAGCACGCGAAGCGCGAUGAGCUGCUGCAAUUGUCAAUCGACGCCGGUGAUUCCGCUACGGCUCGUGGCGCGCAUGAGUUGGCUCUGCAAUCGUACAUCAACGCACAAUCACUUUUGGAUGCUACGUCGUGGGCGUCCGAUCUUGAUCGAACUACCUCAUUGAGUUUGAAGCUCGCUGAGCUCUACACGUGGAAAGGUGACUUCGCUACGUCUGACUAUCUGAUCAAUGAGUGCCUUCACCGUGUAGAGGACCUCGAAAGCAAGGUCCGCAUGCUACGCACACGCUCGAAGAACCAUUGGAUGCGUGGAAACUACAAGGCUGCGCUGUCUGACACGCUGCAGGGUCUGCAUCUUCUGGGCGUGGACGUGAAUGCAGCCCCUACUCGUCGAGAAGCAGACCAGAUGUUCGAGCAGGUCAAGAACGAAAUCCUUGCCGUAGGCUUUGACGACAUUCUCGCUAUACCUCGUGCGAGGGACUCAAAGACGGAUCUGGCCAUUUCUUUGCUGAACGAUGCCGGCCACAACGCCUACUGGAGCUCCGGGGAAGGAUUUGCGGAUGUUAUCGGUCUCACAACCGUCCAAUUAGCUUUGCGGCAAUUCGGGUAUGUGCUCAGGGACAGCGCUUGGCUUUUUCUGGGCUCUUGGAGGUGUGCCCGUUCCCACAAGCAAACACUAACCUUGGCUGACGAGCAAACAGCGGCUGCUGAACGGAGAGAGCUUUAUCGAUUCUCCGCGGACUUGGGUAAAUUGGCCCUUCGCAUCGCCGACCAAUACGGCACGAGCUAUGAGAAGUGUCGUGCCUUGGUGUUGUUCUCGUCCAUGGUGUCUGGAUUCGACAACGUGCAUAUUCGGGCAAACUUGACACGGCUGGAGGAAGCCUUGAAAUAUGGCCAGAGUGCUGGUGACAAGAUAUAUACGAGCUUCGCCAGCAUUCAUCUACUCCAGACGAGACUUUGGAUAUGCGAACAUGUCAGCGAGCUGGUGGUAAACGCGGAAGAGUGUCUAAGCGACGUUUCGCAAUGGGCACCCAGUGGCGACCUUUCCAUCGUAGCGCAAGGCAAGAAAACCCGCGGGAUCUUGAACUGUGUUCGUGCCAUUGGAGGCUAUACGUAUGCUGAGUCUCCGGCCGCAGUCUUCGACACCGAGACGUUCAACGAGACCGAAUACUUCGCCCGUGCAUCGGAGGCAUGCGGCACACCCGAUGUCGCGUUGAGUUGGUAUAAAGCGUACAAGGUCGUCGGACUGUUUUGCCUCGGCUUCGCCAACGAGGCUGCUGCUUUAGGAUUCUGCGUCUACGAUACGCGCGAUAAACAUCCAAAGCACACUCGUUACUCCCUUUUCUUCCAUGUCUUAGCCAUGAUCCAGUGCAUACGAGCUGGCGACCUGGAUGUAGAGACGCGUUCCAAAUAUUUGAAGCAGAUUGAACUCAAUCAGUCGUAUAUCAGAAAGUGGUUGUCGCCAAGUCCUGUCAAUACCAGUGCAUGGGUGGCUCUCAUAGACGCAGAGAUGGCAUCUCUCACCAACAGUCCCGACGCCUUCAAGCUGUAUGAUGUCGCAGUGAAACUCGCGGUCAACAACGACUGGUUGCUUGAGAGUGGCUGGGCUAUGUUCCUCCAAGGAAGCCAUUUUGUGCACGUCGGCGUUGAAGGCUUAGGUGGAGAACUCCAGCGACGAGGUAUCGCUCGUCAAGCGCAAUGGGGUGCUCGCGGCAUAGUCAACUACCUGUCCUCCUGCGUGGAUAAUCGGGCGCAAUAUGUUCUCAAACGGCAUGCCUAUACAUCUGACGUAGCCGUCCAGACAGACAGUGCUAUCAUGACAUCCGAUGCACGUGCUGCCGGUACCUACGAACGGAAAACGGAUCACUAUGAGGAAGAUGACCUUUCUUCCAUGAAUGCGUCAGAUCUGGCAUCGAUACUGAAGUGGAGCAAAGACAUCUCUAGUGACAUCAACUUGCCCAUGGCCCUUCAACGGCUCACGGAGAUUGCUACUGAGAAUUCCGGCAGUCAGUAUACCUGCGUCGUCAUUGCAAGGGAAGCAGGGGAUUAUACCGUUGCCACUAGUAUGAUCCCUCCAGAGUCAUGUCAAGUCCAUGAGGAUCCAUUAUCCGUGCGCGAAAUUGCUGACCCAUUGCGUAAGGUCAUAAUCCAGCAUGCCCUCAAUACAAAGGAGCGAGUGUAUUACGAAGACGUCUCUACCGAACCGCGCUUUUCGUCCGAAGCUCAGCAAAGCUCAUAUCGUUCGGUGAUCUGCUUACCUAUCUUCAGUAACCGUGGACAGACUUUCGGAGCGGUCUAUUUGGCUUCAAAAUAUGCAUUCUCUCCGAACACAGUCACACUUCUAACCCUCCUUUGCCAACAAGCCAGUAUUGGCAUCUCGAACGCGUUGCUGUUCCGCUCGGUGCAAGCUGGUACUCGCGAGAACUUGAAGAUGAUUGCAGCGCAAAGAGAUGCUCUUGAGGCUGCGCGGAGAAGUCGGGAAGACGCACUGAAAGCGACCAAGAUCAAGAGUAAUUUCCUCGCUUCAAUGAGCCAUGAACUGCGGACUCCCUUCAGUUCAUUCUACGGUCUGCUUGACCUCCUCAGCGGCACAGAAUUAACGGCAGGACAGAGGGAGAUAGUUCAAACUGCUAAGCAAUCAUGCGAAUUGCUGCUGAAGAUCAUCGACUCCAUUUUGGACUACAGCAAGCUGGAAGCCUCAGCUCUCAAAUUGGAAUACUCUGGUUUCGCGAUUGAGAGCAUGGUAGCCGAUUGUUUGGAGUUGCUCCUACCCAUGGCGGCGAAGAAAUUGGAUUUGUCGUACAAUAUCGAAUCGGAUGUUCCUCCUUGGGUCGAAGCGGAUUACGCUCGCAUUCGUCAAGUUCUCAUGAACUUGAUUGGCAAUGCUGUCAAAUUCACCGCCGGAGGAUCUGUACGAGUCAUUUGCUCUGUCGAUAACAGCGCUCCAGUUGCUAAGGACGAAGUCAACCUCAAAUUCGUGAUACAAGACACUGGGAUAGGGCUGAGCUCAAGCGACGUUGACCUCCUGUUCGUACCCUUCCAACAAGCGGACAACUCGUCGACCAGACGAUUCGGCGGCACUGGAUUGGGCCUGUCCAUCUCCCGGCAGUUGGUCAAGCUUAUGGGCGGUGCCAUCGGCGUUCAAUCGGAGCUUGGUGUUGGGUCUGUUUUUUGGUUCACGCUUCCCGUCAAGAUUUAUGAAUCGGAGGAGUCGCGACAGGUCUCAGCGGAAGUCUCCCGUCUUCAGACCCAGCUACUCAGCGAGCGGCCGUUGCGUGUGCUGUUGAGUUCCGCAUCGAGCGCCACCCAGGCACUCCUAUGUACCAUGUUGAAGGGUUUCUCAAUCACGACUGUCCCGUCAACCCCGGAGGCAGAGACCUAUAUUUCUAACGCCCAACCCCAAGAUCCUGUGGACUUCGUCAUUUUGGAUGAUCAGUCAGAGGCUCCCAUUGACGACUUCACUCGGAUCUUGCAGGCGUCGUCGUUGCCAUCACUUCAGGAUACGAAGAUCGUCCAUCUGUUUACUCCAACUACGGAUAACCUUGCAGACCAUCCGAUUCUUAAACCGGGCGGCGAUGGAGCUUCAGGGAUCAUUCGCGUCACCAAGCCACCCCGUCAAGUCAGGCUGCUUCAGACUCUUGCCAGUCUCAAGAAUCUUCCUGCUCAGGUCCCAUUGGUGCCAGUGACGAAUGCAUCUGCAAUCCGGGAAGAAGAGGCACUUGCGCGGCGAACCCUGCACGGCAAUGUGCUCAUCGCCGAAGAUAACCCAGUGGCCCAGAAGCUGCUCAUCGCUCAGCUUCAAAAGUAUCAGCUGAAUGUUGUUGCUACGUCAAACGGCGAGGAGGCUAUCACCGAAUGGGAGAAGCACGAUCCUGGUUACUUCAGUGUUGCACUGUUUGACCAUCAUAUGCCUAUAUGUGACGGCGUCGAGGCUUGCAAACGGCUGCGCGUCAUGGAGAACAGGCGUAAACUGCCUGUACAACUACCAAUCGUCGCCCUCAGCGCUGAUGCCCAAGAGUCAACCAAGCAGCUGUGCCUCAGUUCUGGCAUGAAUGGAUUCUUCACCAAACCAAUGAAAAGAGGGGACCUGUUGACUCUAUUGACAAGUUAUGGAGAGCCCUUAAUGCGACAGGAACUGGAAGAUCCUGGCCCAUCAACAUCACAGACAUGA